AUGACGGCACCGCUGAGCUUCUACCGCCGCGCUCCGCAGCAACGCGUGGCCUUAGAUGACUUCGAGGAGCUCGGACACAGGCGCGUAAAGCUGCUAAGUCAAGUCAGUGCACGAUGGAGCGCGCAGCAGUCGACGGUUGAUCCGCAAACCCAAAAGGCGCUCGAAGUUGGGGACGACACCAACGCCGACCAACUGUCGCACUACGCACUGCGCUUGGCGUUCUGCAGAGUGUCGAGCGGAUGGGAUUGGCUGGUCACUGCGGAAUCCAGGCUCUUCGCUGCCCGUCUUAGGUGCCAGCCACCGUACACGGCUGUUGCAGUACUUUCAAGUGAAAGGAUCAGGUAUGAGCUGCUGAAUGCAGAUGACUCGGAGAUCGACGUAACGCAGCAAGGAAUCUAUCGCGUGCCCUUCAUGGAAGCUCCUGCUUUGGUGAAGCAUCGCGACGUAAUUGUUCGCGACGGGUUUUGCUUGGUACCCCUUCGAAGAAUGGGUUCUGUAGCAGUGUACCAUUUCAGACGCUGCUUAGAGGAGCAAAUACGAGACUUGCAGUGCGCUAUACCCGCGCAGGGCCAUGAGCUGGAGCGGUUGGCUCCGAUUCUAGACGGAUUCGUAGUGGAGGCGCGUACGUUGGCCGGAUCUGCAAAUUCAAUCACGAAGAACUCUGGCAGACCGAAGCUGGAAGUGGCGAAGAUGGACAGUGUAGCUCAAAAACACUUUCCGUUGUGCAUGAAGCAACUGCACCGCAAGCUGCGUGAGAACCACCACCUCAAGUACGACGGACGUGUGCAGUACCGAAUGUUCCUCAAAGGCGCGGGGUUUUCCGUGCACGAGUGCAUCCAAUUCUUCCGCAAGGAAUUCAUCAAGACGAUUCCAGCCGCCAAGUUCGACAAGGAGUACACCUACCACAUCCGUCACAGCUACGGACUCGAAGGAUCCCGAAAGGACUAUGAGCCGCUGGACUGCGAGCAGAUAAUUGGUGGCGGCGCGCCAAGCAACGGACAAUACCACGGCUGUCCGUUCAAGCAUUGGGGACGUCCCGCGUUACAACAGGAGCUGCGUCGUCACGGGUUAUCGCUGCAAACGGCAAUGGAAAUCACGCAACAAGCCUCCAGUGGCCAUUGUCAGAGCGCUUGCCGGGCUUUUUUCAAUGCAACACACCCUGCCGGAUUCACGUACAAGACAGCACACUCAAGCCAUCAAGAUACUUCAAUAUCGCCUGGUCGACGACAUCUUGACGCGGAUAUCGUGAUGCACCCCAACGUUUAUCUGGACGCGAGCAUGAUGGCCGAAGGACUUGACUAG